GACCAGCGACAGUAGUUCAGUCUCAGAUCGUAGUCCGCUCCGUCAUCUGUUCUCGACACUCAAGUCUUAGUUACCAUUAUGUCGGCGUGAAUUUUAAUAAAAUAACUCUCCUGAGGUUUAUACAGUUUACUGAUGUACAUAGUUACAGAGGAAGCUUGACUAUAUAAACUAUGCGUCUGAACUUGAACAUAAAUGAAAAAUCGGACAUUAAAGAAGAAAUCAUUGAUGGUCUUAAGGCCAAAACUGGAUUAGUUCGAAUAAACGACUCUAACAAAGGUUCACUUAUAGUGCGCUUAGUAUUAACAUUGGAAUGUUUGAAGCUCCAGAAAAAAGAGGAGGUUGAUAAUUUUUUUUCUUCGUCAGCCGAAGAUAAUAUAGACAACCAGCCUAGUCCUAAUUACUACUUGAGGUAUGUUACGGUAACAAGGAAAAAUGGCAGUCUUGGCAUAAGCGUCAAAGGAGGAAGAGAAAAUAGUUUACCAAUACUUAUUUCAAAAAUACCCGAAGGCGGAGCUGCUCACUAUACCAAAAGAUUGUUCGUGGGCGAUGCAAUUAUUAAAGUUAAUGAUAAUUUGAUCACAAAUGUGUGUCACGAUGAAGCUUUGCGGAUAUUAAGAAGUUCCGGGCAAAACGUGACACUAUUGGUUAAACACUAUAAAGCUGCAGCGCCAUUUUUGCUUGGAUCAAAAGGAAAUGAUAAUAAUAAUAAUGAAGACAGCGAGAAUGAUGAUGAGGAAAUUUGGACUGAUUUCAUUACAAUUCCAUUGAUGAUGGGCUAUGUAACUAGAUACGUGCAGGGCACUGACAAGUUGCGUAGAAAUGGUUUUGAAGUUCAUGGAAUGAAUGGUUCAAAUUCUAGUAUUAUACAUUGUGACAACGUUAAUAGUUUGUCAGAAUGGAUAAAAUUUAUUUCAGAAAAUAUUGACAAUUUGGCCGAAAUACAAAUUAAAUUAUAUAAUUUAAACUUUGGUAUCAAUGAAAAAAUCGAAUAUAUGGGAUGGGUGAAUGAAGGUGUGUUAAAUAAUAAUCACCCUUGGCAAAGCUACUGCGCUAGAUUCAUGAUAAUUAGAGGGAGAGACGUGUUACUCUUUGAUACACCACCGAUGUCAAUAGCUGAAUGGCUGGACUGUGAGGUAGUGUACAAACUAUAUGAAUCAAUGUUACGAUUAGUUAAAGAUUCUGAAAAUGUAGACCAGAGACAAAAUUGUUUUCUACUGCAGACAUCUAGUGGUGUUUCUCGUUAUUUCUCAAUGGAAACCAGACAGAGUUUACACAAUGUUCAGUGCGCAUGGCACAGGUCGAUUUGUACAUCUAUGAUGAACAUAAAAAGUAGAACAUUUUAUGUUCUUUAUGGAAAUAACCAACAACCUUCCAACUUAAUUUUGGAUUGGGAUAACGGUUUUACACUUUACGACAACUGGACCAACUCCAAUGUAUGGAUUUACAAAUUUUCUGAGCUUCGGGGAUCGUCUGAUGAUCACAUUUCCCGUUUAAAACUUCAUUUUAAUAAUGCAGGUUGCAUAGAGACAAAGGAAUUGGUUUGUCAAGAUUUGCAAAGUUUAUUAUUUUGUGUUCAUGCUUUUUUGACUGCAAAAGUGGUUUCUGUGGAUCCAUCCUACUUAAAUUUAGAAGGAAAGCAAUAAAAUAUUCUUGGAAUAUUCAUUUUUUUUUGGUAUUUGCAUAUUUUUAGUUGCGUAACUAAAAUAUGCACAUAAGAAAUGUUACUUUAAUAUUAUUUAACAAUAUUUCAUUUUUUUUUUAAAUUUGGUAUACAAGUAUACUUGUAAUAUAAAAUCAACGAAUACUCAAAAUUAAUUUAAAAGGCUCAGCAAAUUUUAAGGUGUUUCCAUUUAUUUUUUACAACAUUAUUUUCUUUGAUAAUUGUAAUGCUCCAACUUUUACAUUUUAAAUAAACAGUAUUAAAUUUUAUUAAUUUUUUAUUAUUGCACAUGGAAUAAUUAUCUUGUUAUAAUACAGAAGUCCAAUAAAAUAGUUUACUUUGUACCAAGUUAUGAUGUAUAAGUAAACAGCUGUUAUUUGUAGAAUUUGAGCAAAAUUUCCAAUUAACCUUAAAUAAUAUGUCUUGAGGUGAAGUUUAUAAUUAAUAGUCUAACUAAUGGAGUAAUUUAUUAUUUCUUUCUUUAUUAUGCAUUAUUAUUAAAUGCAUUAGUCAUUAACUAUUUACUUCAUUAUAUUUUAAUUAAUAUAAUUUAUUACAUACUUAGGUAGAAUACUUUUUCGAAUACCUUUAGGAUAGUUUUUAUGAAUUAUAUCUAAUCUAAUAUUUAUUUUAUAUUUUAUUUAUUGAAUAAAAUUGAUAUUCAAACAUUUUAUACACUCACAUUUGUACAAUGAAAUUCAUUUUUUUUUCAAAGCAUUUCUAAUUAUGAUAUAAAUCAUAAAUCACCAAAUAUUUAAACUUAAAAAAUGCUUAUUUUUUAAAUAAAUGUGAUAAUUAGAAUAAAUGUAAAUCCCACCAAAUCUUCAAGUAUUGAAGUAUAUCUAAAUUGCAUGGUUUAAAUCAUUAUUCAUUUCUUUUAUGUUAAAUAAGACUUCAAAGAAGUAUUUCCUGUGUAUUCUGAAAAGUGUCCUGCCAAAGUAUGAUAUAUAAUAUAGUAAAAAGUAUUUUAUUUUAAAUGUAAUAUUUUUGCACUCUCAUUUAAAGUUAUCUCAACUUGUUUUUUUAAAACUUUUUCUUCCUUAAAUUUCUAACAUUUUGUUGUCUAAAAGAUUAAUUAAUGUGUUGUAAUUAUGUAAUUUCCAAAGUAAAAUUUAUUAAGUUUUUAAUAUCCAUGACAAUUGUACAACACAGGGUAGAUGAAUAAAAAAAAUUAACUAUUGUACUUUAGAUUUCUUUAUAAUUAUAAUUUAUAUCUUAAGUAAAAAUUAUACAAAUGUUGUGAAAUAAUGUAAUGAUCAUUUAUGAAAGAAUCUUUUUUCGUCCGAAGAUAAACUGUAUGGUUUGUUGUCUUUUAAGGUUGUCAAUAUAUUUGUUGUGAUUAAUUAGAGCUAAUUUUUAGAUAUAGUUUUGUUAUUUUAUGUUAUUGAAGUUAUUUGUUUGAUGCAAUACUUUGUAGUCGGUACUAAUAAUCAAUUAUUUGUUACUUAAUAAAUAAAGUUAUCAAUAUUUUAAUUAUAAAAAACUUUUU